AUGUUCGACCCGUUGGACUUUUUAAGUGCUUCUGUGAAGAGCGAAGCGAACAAUUUGAACUCAGAACAUGUAUUUCUAACGAAACCGUUGAAAUCAAAAAGCAGAGAGUGUUUGGAAGAUUUAGUCAUAGCCGAAGAGCCAAGCGAUGAUAUUGACACACCGAUCGAGGUGAUAGAUCUGCCUUUCGUUCAAAUUGCGAAGCCUAUGGUAAUUUUGGCGGUAUUACUACUGCUGACACCAGCAAUCGAUGUUAAUUUCAAAAAAAACGGUGGAAAUGGGCCUGAGAACCUCGGCAUGGCGAAGACUGUACCUACAGAAUAUUUAGAGGAGGUAAUAGACUAUUACAAGUACAUGGGAAAUUCAGAGUUGGAUUCAGCGGACAAACUGUGUGUCCGAAUUCCACGACUGGCUGCUACCGCUACCGAGAAAGAUUUGUUAACGUACUACACUACGGUACUUGCUAAGUACAGUAGAACAGAAACCUCGGAUGAACUUAUUGCGCAAUUGCUGAAAGAGGCCAGCAUGCGAAUCUCGGAAAAAUGUGGACGAACAGCACAGCCCGCAAUGACGCGUGUCUUUCAAGUUGACAGUUUGCAAAACUGCAUAAAGCUACACGAGCCAGCAUUAACAUCAGAUAACCUGGGGCUGAAAACUUGGGGAGCCUCUUUAGUUUUAGCACGGAAAUUGUGUCAAAACCUACAAAAGAUUACAGCGCUUGGGAAAGACCUUAGAAUUUUAGAACUUGGUGCUGGAACAGGGCUUGUUGGUAUAGCUUUGAUACAAAAGUUGUUGGAGGGCCCCCAAGAUCAAGUUUUUACAUUUCAUUUAACAGACUUGCCCGAAAUUGUUCCUAAUCUAAAAAAAAACGUAGAGUUGAACAAGUGCGAUCGAACCGCGCGAUUGCCAGUGUACACCGACGUGUUGGACUGGACAAAUCCGACUUCCUUUAAGCAGCAACAUGGGUUCGCGAAAUUUGACGUUCUGUUAUUGGCAGAUCCACUUUACUCCCCUCAGCAUCCAAAGUGGAUUGUCAACAUGAUCGUCGAGUUUCUCGAAAAGCAAGGCAAGGUUUUUCUGGGUAUUCCAGCUCGUGCGAAAUAUACCAAGGAGAGACAAGAACUAUGGGAUCUGCUGGAUAAAGCUGGAUUCUGUAUGAUCAACGAAGAAGCAGAAGAAGGAAUGGAUGAUUGGGGUAAAGUCUCAUAUUUAUACAAAGAGAUCGUUUACAAAGCAAGCGCUUAG